AUGCCAGCUCCAUGCCUCCCGACAUGGAAAACAAAGGUGGUACAUACCUUUCUCGAGUUUGAGGAGGAAGAGGAGGGAAAGCCAGGCCGUCGCAGUGUCUCCUUACCGCCGAGAGUGUGCCGGCACCAUGCCGAGACGGAGCUGCCGGAGAAGCUGCCCGAGGUGCAGUUGCCGAACGCGCCUGUGGUUCCGUCGACGCUUAAUCCACAUGCUGCCCCAUUCACCGGGGUCAGCGGUGAGGCCGAAUUCGGCGGAGACUCGGAGAUGUACUACCCCUUUCAAGAGUACACCGUGCAGGAAUGGCUUGACUGGAUCUACCACCUGCAGACGAACCACGUCCUCUUGACUCCCGAGUAUGCCGCGUACGUAUGUGAGGUUGCACGGUUCCUUGGGAUGCCGAGCACAGAGCACGAGGAUCCACAAAACAUCCACGUCUGUUGCAUGGAGAGACCAGGAUCUUACUUGGUGAAGUGGUUUGUGGAUUCUCGCAAGCUCCGGACCAACGACAAGCAAGUCAUCUCACCGGGGUUCGACUUGUACCACCCGUGUACUGGCCAGCUCCUGAGGUUUCUCAUCGGGGCAUUCCCCAAAAACUGGGGUACGGCAAAUCCCGAUGCCAAUUUCAAGAAGUCUGACGGAAGAGAUGCGCACGGCCUCUGGCCAUUUCACUUUGAAUAA